CAGGCAACGACCACAAGCCAACGUCCACUCAUGGGAGUAUCAACGAGCUCUUAGACAUACUCCAACCUAUUAAUAUAUAAAGCAUCAAUAUUGAAUAACAACAAUAAUAGACAGCGAGGAAUUUAACCACAACUUAAUUGACACUAAAUUCGAAUUGUCCCAAGUCCAAUUCCACAUGGCGACAACUCCCCCAACUCAAUUCCACCACUUCCCUUCUCUCCCCUAUGAACUCCGCCUUAAGAUAUACCACAUCCUCCUCAAUGAACCGCGCAACGUCAAAAUAAACGGCAAAAGACCCAUCAUGAAAAUAAGUCGAAAACGGUACUUAGAAACCUACACAACGACAACACCUAUUCCACCCCUCUUACACAGCAGCCAGGAAACGCGCGCCGAAGCACUCACUUACUACCGAGCACAUUUCCGCAGCGAGCACUCCCCAAGCUACAUCUACGUGAACUUCGAGCGGGACACGAUCCAACUGGCUGAUGGAGUAAUGGCGUAUCUAUCUGGGGAAGAAUUGAAGGGGAUUAGAAGAUUACAUUUACAGGUUGAGGAUGCGGCGUAUUUUGGACAUUAUAAUUUGGGGAUGUUGGCGAAGAUGAGGGGGUUGAGAGAGGUGGAAUUGGUGGGUUUGGGUGAGGAUGCUGGGACGUGGCAAUCGAGGGGACAUUAUUUUAGGGGGAUGGUGAGGGAGUUGAGGGAGAUGAGGAGGGAGGAUCCGUUUUGGGAUUGUCCGAGGGUGAGGAUUGUGCAUGCGGAUUCUGGGGAGGAGUUUGCGGUUGUGGAGGGGGGUGUUUGGACCGAGGCUGAUGAGGAUGAUGAGGAUGAUUGAGGUUAGGUUCUUGACUCGAUGUUUCUUUUUAUCUUGAUGGUAAUUAUAGAUGGGAUUUUUUGAGGCCAUGGCGCGGAUGAUUUAUGGUUUAUAUUCUGUUCAUGGUUAUACUCAAUACUUUUUCUUAUGAUCAUAUUCUCAGUCCUUGUCGCGUUGAAUGGACGAAGAUCAUAUUGCAUGUCAUAUUUCAGGGACAUAUCUCUAACAUUCAACAGGUUUGUCUUCUUGGUAGAUCAUACAAAUGCGACGGCAUACUGCAGGAGGUAUCGUCAAAAUCAACAUUCAAAGUUUUCGAUCUCGCAUCCGCCCUAUUCUCGAAGUAAGGAGAGGCAGGGUUGAUUUCAAUGGAAACCCUGGAAGGCCAAGAGGCAAUAAACAGAUUAGGAUGAAAUGGGAUGGGAGGAUAUCCAUGUGAAUAUACCUUCUUUCAUCUCCCUUUAUGUCCCGAUAAAUAUGUGGUUGUGUUAUAAAGGUUAGACAUGACAAGAAUAUAUACAGGAUCACAGCAUAUAAGAGCUCAGAGUUGGGUCUAUGAAUUCAACGGGGAGGAUGAGAGUUUCCAUACCCUAAUGUUUGUAGUUCUAUGGUCUGGGGGUCGGUAUUCUAGUGAGCUGAUGUGCUGGAAAUGCUAGAAAUCUAAAUCCCAUUAACCAGCAAAUCUUACAAGAAAUUCGUUACAAAACUACCGGCGUGGUAGCAUAUUUGUAGCAUAUUUGGAUGUAUACAGUGUCUCUGUACACAGAAUCAUGGUUUCCAAAUGUCUUCUUAUCCCUUUCCCCGUCAUUUCUAGCUUGUUAUCUAAAAUAGCUAGCUCAGUUGACGCUUUACCAUAUUCGGUUAGUUUUCAGAUAACCCCGCCAUAGUAUAGUCUAGAAUUUU